AUGGUGUUCUUCUGUACGAACACUUGCGUGGUGCACGCUCCGGCGGCAAUUGUCGCUCGAGAGAGGGCACAUGUGCUCUCGUUGCUUGAAGAGGUGGUGGAUUUUGGCAAGUUGUCUGCCGUUCAGUUCGUUCCCAGGGGUCUUAUUCGGCUCACGUUUAUGGACCCUGUUGAUAAAGAUAGAUUAGUUAAUCAGGGGUCGGUUAUGUUAGAUAAUGUUGAAUAUAGUGUCACCCCCUCGGACCGGCCUAACACCUUGGUGUAUGUACAUCAUUAUCCGGCUGAGGGGGAUGACGGCCUCCUGUGUGAGGAAUUUCGCUGUUAUGGGAAAAUAGUCUCUGUUAAGCAUCAGCAUUUUUCUGGUAGACCUAAUCUCCUUACGGGGUCUCGUAUAUUGACAAUGUCCCUGUCUUAA